CGCUGCGUCGAGGCAAGCUGGGGAUGGCGGUGACAGGGCCGCAGUUUUGGGUGCCGCUUCCAGCUCCGCUUGCGACGUUCCCGCAGCUCUGAGGAGGGCCUUCCAGCCCUUAACCCCCCGCAGAGGCCGGGCUGAGAGGAUUUCUUCAGGAAAUGGCCCCUCCUAAAUCCUUACAGAAUAUUCUGACCUUUUCUUUUGGAUCAGCAAUUGGAUUUUUCUUAUGUUACCUUCUAUUUAGUUUAGUAUUGGAAGAACAAAUUAAGGUCAAGCCUCACAUCCUUUACAAUGAUCCUCAUGGUCAUCAUUCGGAUGAUGAUGAAAGCAAUCAGCUGAAAGGACAAAUGAAUUUUAAUGCAGAUGCUGGGCAACAUAAAGAUGAAAACAAAAAUAUUGCAGAAGAACUGCACCAGAAGGUAAGAAUCCUUUGUUGGGUGAUGACUGGUCCUCAAAAUCUGGAGAAGAAAGCCAAACAUGUCAAAGCUACUUGGGCCCAGCAUUGCAACAAAAUGCUGUUUAUGAGCUCUGAGGAGAAUAAAGACUUCCCAACAGUGGGAUUAGAAACCAAAGAAGGGAGGGACCAGUUGUACUGGAAAACCAUUAAAGCUUUCCAAUAUGUACAUGAACAUUAUCUUGAUGAAGCAGAUUGGUUCAUGAAAGCGGAUGAUGACACUUAUGUUGCACUGGAUAACUUGAGAUGGCUUCUUUCAAAAUACAGUCCUGAAAAACCAAUUUAUUUUGGAAGACGAUUUAAGCCUUUUGUGAAACAAGGCUACAUGAGUGGAGGUGCAGGCUAUGUGCUCAGCAAAGAAGGUCUGAAGAGAUUUGUGGAUGCUUUUAAAACCAACAAAUGUACUCAUAGCUCUUCCGUUGAAGACUUGGCAUUAGGCAAAUGCAUGGAGAGCAUUAAUGUAGAAGCUGGAGAUUCCAGGGAUAUAAGUGGCAAGGAAACUUUCCAUCCAUUUGUGCCAGAGCAUCAUUUAAUCAAUGGAUACUUACCCAAAAAUUUUUGGUACUGGAAUUAUAACUACUACCCUCCUGUAGAGGGUCCUGGCUGCUGCUCUGACUUGGCAGUUUCUUUCCACUAUGUUGAUGCUACCACUAUGUAUUAUUUGGAAUAUUUGAUCUAUCAUCUCCGUCCUUAUGGUUACCAAUUCAGAUUCAAUCCUGAUUCGCCUAAGGAUCCAGAAAAGCAAAAUUUAAGUGAAGUAGCAAAGGGCAACGCAAAUUCCAAAGCUGAAGUAGAAAAUCCUUUGAAAGCCUCUAAAUAAAAUUCUUUGUAGUGCACUGAAGAAGCCUUAUAGAAUGGUGGAUUUGCUAAAUAUAUAUUUUAAAAAGUGUUCCUUCAAAUGGCUGCAGCCUGCAGAUUCUUUUCUAAUCAUGCUGGUAAGAAGGAUAUUUCAGAUGCCAUGAGACUGCAAGGCCAAGUCCAUAAACUCUGUUACAGGAGGGCAUCAAUAUCAUUUGUUUUGAUUCAGUAAUGUAUGCGCACAAACUUUGUAUUGAAAUGAAUGCUAUUGUUCAGAUUUAUACAUGGAUAUGUGGAAUUUCAGUCCAUUUUGUCAUGACACAACACUUUGCUCUCUAAAUUUUUGAACACCUUCAAUUGAUUUGGCUCACCACAUUAGAAACUGAUGAACACUUUGCUAAAGAGAUUCAAGUGUGAAUGUGUGUUUAAGAAAAUGUUUUACCCUGCAAAGUAAACUGUGAUGAAAUAAGCCUCCUGCUUAGAUGUCAGUGUUCAAACUUACAUCUGUUUCUUUUAAAAUUAGAUGAAUAUUUUCUGUUUUAGUUUCAUGCAUCAUACAGUUGAGUUGCUUGCUACAGAGGAAGUCAGAGUAGUGCUUGAACUACGGCAGAAGGAUAGGUGGAAACAUGGAUGAGCAUUCUGACCUUAUUGUAAUUGGAGUUCAGGCCUCGCUAGAUGAACAAAUUAAAAAUCUAUCUGUUCAGAUAAAUUUCUUCCUCGAGCUGCUUCUGGAAAGUGAAUUAAUGUUACAGUAGCAGGUCAUUCAUAGUAAUAUUGGCUCUCUUAAAACAAAAUAUUGUUUAUAGAACUGGACUUCCACAAGAAUUGGUACUGUUUAAAUUGAAAUGCUAGCCUAUUUUACUUGUCCAGUAUUUUGAGUGUUUCUUUCCAUUUUGAGUUAGGUGGCUAUAAUUAUUUAGUUUAAUUUGAACAGUGUGCCUAUUUUUAAUGGUAAUUUCCCUAUGAGUCUGAUCGACUUGUGCAUUAUGACAGGCUGUCUUUAAACAGAGGCCUCUGCCAACACAUUAAGGAGCUAUGUACUUUAGGCUAAACUAUGAACUGUAAUGCAGUGUUCUUGUGACAAUUAUAUACAAAUACUGUUUGGUCUCACUGUGAUACUCAGACUUUUUCACACAAUAGUCCUGCUAAAAGUCAUCAUUAAAGAUGUACUUUCUGUUUGUCUUGUAUUCAUCAUAUUGAUGUUUAAGUUGAAUCUAUGAACUUGAUGGUGUUUGCUGGUUGGAGAUUUUUGUCAAGAAUUCUAAGCUCAUUACUAUUUGCUUUGAAAAUGCAUUGGAACCCAAUGUGUCUUAUGAAAUUGUUUACUUCACAGUUACAUAUGUGCUUACUCUGAUGUUUAAUCCUGGGAUAAAACUGUCCCGUCCCCCCACUGUUGGUCUUAAUGAACUUUCAGUGCAAUCUUAAUAUUUAGUUAUAGAUAAGCAGGAUUUACCUCACAUGAAAAGAACAGACUACAUGUUCUCCUGUUUAUGCUAUGAAUUUGGCUUGUGGAGUUGUUCUGGAAAUUGAAAUUAACAGAAUGAUGCAAAGUCUUUGCUCUAGAUUUGAACUUAUGCUGACAUGUUUCUUCUCUGUUAAAUCAAUCAUGAGAGGAGAAAGUGAAAAAUAAUAAACAUGCCACAUUCUCAAAUAGCUCUGGUGACAGAUGUGGUGAUGAGACAAAUAUUAAGCAAUUUUGCUCAUUAUCAGAUUAAUGUUAGGCUUAUAUGGCAUUUAACAAGAUUGUUGUUGGCAAUGUCAGACAUGAUGUAUUUUCCAACUUCCUAGUAUUUGUCUCUUCCCUUUGUGCAUUUUGGAUUUAGUGAUAUUUUAUCUACCUCAGAGUAUUUUUCCAAGGACCUGGUGUAAGUUGCCAUUGCUGUAGUGAAUUGUGUGGCUAAUCUGGGUGGAAAGCGAACUAGUCUAAGUUGUGGUUUUUUUAUUCAAGUAUAGUAAUAACUGGAUUAUUCUCUACAAUCAUGAAGGCAAGUGGUCGAGUGUGUCUGUUUGAACCAGAAUGAGACCAACCCAAAAAUAGUGAUUUCUACAUACUUGGCAGACUCUUUAUGUAUUCAGAAGUAUAUAAAUUAACUCCCCCAAAUUCCCAUUUCUGAUGUUCAAAAUGUUGAGAUGUUGGUUGUGAGAAGAGAAGGGGGACAGGUGGUAGAAAGAAGAAAGAAUUAGUCUGAUCUGGCCCGUAAUAGCUUAUAGUAAGAAUCCAGGAGAGGGGGAAUUAUUAGGGUUGUGGAGAAUGCAUACCCCUGCACCUUUUUCCUGUCCUACUCUCAAGACACUCUCUCCUCCCCAACACUACGUAUAGCUAUAAAACAUUCUGGUUUGGGACUGGCAACCUAAAACCUGAGCCAUCUAGCACUACAGGAUCAUAGGAGGUGGCCAUAUACCACGUCAUACUCUUUGGCCAUCCAGCCAAGUAAUGUCAACUCUGAUGCCAGCGGCUCACCAUGUAUCAGGCUGAGCUAUUUCAUAUUACUUGCUACCUGAACCUUUAGCACAGCAGUAGAAGUCCUCAGAGAGGACUCUUCCCUCCUAUAAGGCCCUCUCCCCCAAGUGCCUGAAAAGGACAUGGCACCUGUCCCAAGUUAGUUGGAGCUUUAAACAGGAACUGCCUUCUUUAGUGACUCAGGAUAUGCUGCAAAUUUUUGUUGCUUGUCCCACUUCUGCAUUUAAAGUUCUCUCAGUUGCACUGUUUUGUAUUCAUUUGUAUUGGCAUGUGAACAACUACUAAAUAGGACAUAGUAUCUUGUUCUGCAUUUUGGUGUCCAUUUAAUUUGCUGUCUUUGAAAAUGCAGGCCUGAAUCUGAGUGUCCCCUUGCACACAAUGAGGGCGACAGCUAUUUCCGCCAAUUUUUCUCCCCUCCUCCAGUCUGCCAUCGUCAGGAGCAGCUCUUUCAGGGUGGGGGAAGCCCCAUGUGGUCAUAGUGAUACAGCCUAUGGUUAAUUGGUAUUGGGAAUGCAAAGAAUAUUGUUGAGCCAAUAAACAUUUUUUCUGACCGGGAGUGCCUUUAGCAUGAAGGGGCCUGAUAGGACAUCUUGUGAGAAAUAGCUUAUAAUUUGGGAUCCAAAUUUAUCUCUCUUUCCCCAGCCCAGCCCCCAAAACCAUUUCCUUCAAACUGUUAUCUUUCAGUGUUGUAUUUUAUGUAGAAGUGCAGGAAAGGACCAAGGUGCCAAAUUCUGAAGUUAGACAACUUAUAACCUGUCACCAUAGCCUUGAUCUUUUUCUGGGAGGUGGAGAUAGUAGUGUUUAAUUACAUAUCUAGUAUUUUUAUCACCAAGAAGUAGGUCAGUGUCUGAAGAUUAUCUUUUGUGUAUUCAUUUUAUCCCCAAACUAUUACUUGUGGAUUGGCAACAAUU